CGCUCUUAUAGCGGCGACUCUUUCAAUCCACUGCUGGAGACCUUCUGGACAUCCUGGAGUAAAGUCCUGUUUGCAGUUUCCAACGAUCAUUUCCUACAAACCCCGAGUAACUAUUAAAGCACUUGUUGUAAAGAGAAUAUGGGAAAGCAAAACCUUCUUCUGCUCAUCACCUGGAUGUAUUUUCUGAGUCUUGCCUCCAGUUUUUCAACCACAAGUGCUCCAGCAGUGGAAACAAGCACAUUCAUAGGCAACAUCUCAAACAACUCAACAGACUGGAUGGUAGAUUUCAGUGACAUCGAGUCCAAGUUUGCUCUGAGAACAAUCGAGGAACCUGAGGACGAUCUAUGUUACGUCGUUCCUGGCCAGCGGGACACCAUUAAAGAGUGCAAUUUCAAUCCAGACACCAAGACUUUUAUAGUCAUUCAUGGCUGGACGGUCACUGGCAUGUAUGAGAGUUGGGUUUCCAAACUGGUGACUGCUCUGAAAGAACGUGAGCCAACGGCUAAUGUGAUCGUGGUGGACUGGCUGGUCCGGGCACAGCAACAUUACCCGACUUCAGCCGCAUACACCAAGCUCGUGGGCCGCGAUGUGGCCAAGUUUGUCAACUGGCUACAGGCCGAGCUGGAGUAUCCAUGGGAGAUGGUUCACAUCCUGGGCUACAGUUUGGGUGCUCAUGUAGCCGGCAUCGCAGGACUCCUCACGAAGAACAAAGUCAGCCGGAUCACAGGCAUGGAUCCCGCCGGCCCGAGCUUUGAGUAUGCUGAUUCGCAGAGCACACUGUCCCCAGAUGACGCCCAGUUUGUCGACGUGCUUCAUACAAACACACGUGGCUCUCCGGACCGCAGCAUUGGCAUCCAGAGGCCUGUGGGUCACGUAGACAUCUACCCCAACGGAGGGACGUUCCAGCCUGGCUGUGAUCUGCAGAACACCAUGUUGAUGGUGGCCACCACAGGGUUGAGAAACAUGGACCAGAUUGUGAAAUGUUCCCAUGAGCGCUCUAUUCACCUCUUCAUCGACUCCCUGGUCAACAUGAAGCAGCAAAGCAUGGCAUAUCGCUGCAGCUCCAAGGAGACUUUCAACAAGGGUGUGUGUCUGAGCUGCCGCAAGAACCGCUGCAACAAGGUGGGCUACGAGGUCAACAAGGUGCGCAACCGCCGGAACACCAAAAUGUAUAUGAAGACCAGAGAGAUGAUGCCGUACAAAGUUUUCCACUACCAAGUUAAAGUCCAUUUCUUCAGCAAGAGCAAGAUAAGCUAUACCGACCAGCCCAUGAAGAUUUCCCUGUAUGGCUUCUCUGGAGAGAAGGAGAACAUCCCUUACGUCAUGCCUGCCAUGAAAACCAACACCACCAUCUCCUUCUUACUCACUACGGACGUAGACAUCGGCGAGCUGCUGAUGGUGAAGCUGAUUUGGGAAAAGGACACCAUCAUCGGCUGGCCCUGGUGGAGCCCGGACACUUUUCACAUUCGCAAGCUACGCAUCAAAUCUGGGGAAACUCAGUCCAGGGUGAUCUUCGUCGCCAAGGAAGGUGAGUUCUCCUACCUCGCCCGUGGAGGUGAAGCUGCCGUGUUUGUGAAAGGCAAAGAAGCCCAGUCAAGCCACAAAAAUGAAAGAUUGCACAAGAUGAAGAUGCAUGGCAGCUCAUUCCAGAAGCCUGCCUUAGAAAAAGGCGUUUAAAGAUGCCCCUCACACCUCCACCGUUUCGACAGAACCCAAGAGGAACCUGCUGAAACCGGACAGGGAGAGAAAGACGGUGCAGUUUCUGUACAUUCUGAUCCAAGCGUGUUGCGGAAUAGUAGCAAUUAAGUGACCUUCACCCAUAAGCACAUCCUGUAAGGAACUUUUACAUGUGACAGCCUUUAACUGCAGAGCAGUUUUAAUGAAAAAGCCUAACUUCUGAUUAUCACGCAGUAUUAUCCAUUAGCCCAACCUGAUCUGAGGUCACAGAGGAGCUCAGAGAAGAGCUUCAACCUUACGUGACUGGAGCCUCACAACUUCUUAUUGGCUCUAAGUAGACAUGUGCCGGUGAAAAAAAUUGGAUUUAAAUUGGAACGUACAUCAUGAACAAUAAGCUGCUGAGGUUUGUUUAUGGCUGAAUAGUCUGACCAAUGAGACCAGCAUUGAUGUUAUGGUAAUAGUGAUAGGCAAUAAUGAUAGGAAACCCGUGCUCAUGCCUAGAUGCUAAAUAUUUCUUUAAAUGAAAGAUAAGAAUUCCUUUAUUGUUAUGCAAUAUAUAAAUAUAUAUGUGCGUACAUGUAAGUAAACUGUUACACUGUUAUAAUGUGUGUAUUGACUUUCUCUUAGCUUUGACCCAAUUGAAGCAAAAGUAAUAAACAAUAUAGAGUAAAGCCGGUGUCACGCGGGGCUGCACUUAGCUGACUGAAUGAAAUCACUCACUGAAUCACUGACUGACUGACUGACUUGCUCUGAAGGUGAAACCACCUGAUGAAGGGAAAUCAAGCAGGAUAUUUAUACCUCUAAUUAUCUACAAAACAAUCAAACACUGAGUGUCCUCGAUCACAGUGAAGUGCUUGAUGAUGCCUUAUUGAGGAAGUUCACAAUACGGCGAUUCCUAGUGUAUGACCUUUGUGUAUAAGAUGUCGUAGUGAAAAUCUAUGGAGUAUAAAAGAUACAAAAAAAAACACUGUACAAUGAAAAACUGUGAAGCCGACUAAUACCUAUAUACUACCUAUCAGAUAUGCUGUAGAUGCUGUAGAUCUACAUACAGGAAUUUGAGCAGUCCACUUUUAACAGUAGUGUUCAGAUAGUAGUAGUAUGUUGACCACUUGCUAGCACGGAAUCAAAUACUCUAAUAGUUGAACCUAUAUAUAAAAAUUAUAAUUGUAAAUAAGUUUACAUUUUCUCUAUUUGGAAAUGUGUAAGUUGAAAGUUUUUCGGGUCUGUGUAGAGUUACUGUGUUUGGCACAGGUCACUUUAUAGGCUUGGAUUAGUUUCCUGUUCGACCCAUUCAUCACAAUCAGGUGCUUUCCUUCAGUUGACCAGUUGGUCACAUUUCAAUCAAAAUAGAUGAUAUUUGUCAAACUUCUUUUGAGGCAUGAAAAAAUUUAGACUGAUUUUCGCCAUUUAAUCGUGCACUUCACAUCGCCUUAUACAAUGAUCAUGCUAGAUUGAUUAUCAUCUUCCAGAUGGGUUGUAUUAUCAUAGUUCCCAGCAUGCACCAGAAACCCAGCGAAUCAGAAAUGAAAUGGGCUUAAUAAAAAGAACACCUGGUGGAACUUCCACCACCAGACCCAUAAAUACAACAAGAUUAUUUAUUGAUUGUAUAUAUUUGUACAUAGCCUUGUAUAAACCAUGUAUAACCUUGGGAUUAUUCACGAUAUUCAUAUGCAAUGCACUGCAUAAGCAUAUUUUAAUAAAGAGAAUGUUGCAUUAUAA